AUGGAAGGGAAUCGAAGGGUGCGAUUUAACACUGAAAGAAGGCACUUUUUGAAUAAUAGUCAAGCGCCGUAUACUAACCCGACUACCUAUCAACGACCACCUCCUUCCUUCUCAAUAGAAGAAGGAGAUGAAGAGUCAGACGAAGAUGAUGGACCGCAAUUUCUGAACGUCCAUAGAGCACCUUCACCAGCUGUUCAUAGACAGACGGGGUCUGCGGGUUCUACGGACAAUGGAAACUUAAAUAUUCCAUCAUUGCCAAGUCCUGUUGCAUCUAGACCAGUGUCCGAUAACAACAGCAUUGAUGAACGUUAUGCAUCGAGUAUUCGAACGCAAGAUAGCCCAAAUCAAUCACUUACUAAUAUUGCCAAGAGACCCACUUUAGAUCGAAGUCAUUCUGCCCCUAUGAUUGGAAUGAAUAAUAUGGAAAACAACUCGGCUACGGAUUUGACUUCUACUAUUCCUAAAGUACCAUCAUCUGUAAAUGAAGCUUAUAAACUUGUUGCGGCGCAUACUUCGGCAAAAUUGGAACACAUGAGAUUGAAUGCAAUGAAGAAUACAGGAGAGAACACUGACGAAGAGAAUGAAAAAGACCCUUUUGAAGAUGAAUUAGACAUAUUAAGUCAUCCCAAGAACUACAAAGCUGGUGUUCUUUCUAGCUUGCUAAAGCUGUAUACGAAUGCUGACACAGUUACGUCGAGUAGAAUUUCAUUAAAACAACCAAAUGCCUCUAAGCUACAAAAGCAUUCACAAUUAUCUUCCAGUCAUUCGCUUACAGAUCUUAUGCGUGCAUCAAAUCAGACAUUUAUGGGUCCAGCUGUAGGAUUUCAGUCCCGUGAUGAUUUAUCGAAUCUUCCGAAAUUGCCGAAUCAAAAAUCCAAAAAGUUUCACUUUCCACAUCAUUCAAAAAAGCCUUCGUCUUUAAAUGAAAAAUACAAAAUUACCGUUCACCUGGCAGACGUACUACAAAGGCAAAAAUACAUUUUAAAGCUUUGUCGAGCACUUAUGACUCAUGGUGCACCCAGCCACCGGUUGGAGGAGCACAUGUCCUCUACUGCAAAAGUUCUGGAGAUCGAGGGACAAUUCUUAUAUGUUCCCGGUUGUAUGAUAAUUUCGUUUGGAGAUACAAACACCCAUACCUCUGAUAUGCAUAUCGUACGUGUUAAUCAGACGGUUGACCUGGGGAAGUUGAAGUUAGUUCACGAUGUUUAUAAAGCUGUUGUUCAUGAUUUGAUGAGCGUUGAGGAAGCGAUCAAUGGACUAGACACUAUUCUAAAAUCACCUCCUUAUUUUAAGACUUGGAUAUUAGUUGUAACUUAUGGUUUCGCAAGUGCCUUUAUUCUACCAAUCGCAUUUUCUGGCGGUUGGAUUGAUCUUCCAAUUUCCUUUUUUUUGGGUUUAAUUAUCGGAUCUCUUCAACUACUUAUUGCCCCAAGGUCGCCCUUGUACAAUAGUCUACUGGAGGUCACCGGUUCUAUUCUAACUUCCUUUUUGAGUCGAGCAUUCGGAAGCAUUUUUCAUGAUCGCGCAAAUAAGUCGAAUCCUAUCUUCUGUUUUGCAGCCUUAGCAGAAGGUGCAAUUGUGCUAAUCCUUCCUGGUUAUAUCGUCCUGUGCGGAUCUCUUGAAUUGCAAAGUAAAAACAUUGUUGCAGGAAGUGUUCGAAUGUUUUAUGCAAUUAUUUAUUCAUUAUUUUUGAGUUUUGGUAUCGCUAUAGGUGCAGCUCUUUAUGGAUGGAUGGAUCAUCAUGCAACCUCGGAAUACACUUGUAGUGUUGAGCGAUAUAUUGACGAUAAAUGGAGAAUUUUAUUUGUUCCUCUUUUUACCGUAUGCUUACUAAUUGUAAAUCAGGCACGACCGUCACAAUGGCCAGUGUCUUUAUUCAUAUCUUGUGUUGGUUACAUUGUCAAUUAUUUUACGACCCAAAAACAUUUUAAGAAUACAGCGGCCAUAGGAAAUGCUAUAGCAGCCUUUGUUAUUGGUUGUCUUGGAAAUCUGUACUCUCGUCUAGGCCAAGGUGUCGCAUUUGCUGCCGUUUUGCCAGCCAUCUUUGUGCAAGUACCUUCCGGUUUGGCUGCCCAAGGCGGUGUCAAGUUUGGAAUUGAUUUGGCUACCCAAAUUAGUAACAACAGCAACUCAACCACUUCCGAUGACUCUUCUUUUAAUACUAGUUCUCUCUCGUUCGGUAUAAAUAUGGUUCAGAUAGCUAUCGGUAUUUCCGUUGGUUUAUUUGCCUCUGCGUUAGUCAUUUAUCCUUUUGGAAAACGGCGCUCUGGUUUAUUCAGUUUUUAA